GGGACAUUUACGCAGAAAACUUUCCUAAUAGAUUACAAAACAUUUUACUAUUUUUUACUAUUGAGCAACUGUUGAGUUUCAUUGGUUUUGUUUUGUUCGCUUUGACGUAGAGAAGCUGAUCGAGACGACACGUAUUGAACAAAAAAAGCAAGCAGAAGAUAACAAGGCAAUCGCGAUAGGAAGUUUGUGUUGUAAAUGGGCUGGAGCAAAUGCCGCCACAGAAACUUAAAAGCCACCCAUCGGGUUAUAAUAGAAAUGUAAACAAUCGAACUAAUGUUAAACAAUUGUUCAAAAAGUAUUUGAAUUUCGAGUACGUAAAGUAUUUGAUAUUUGAUGCAGCGGCUUUGCCAGUGGUCACGAUAAUAAUCUUGCUGGCGGAGCUACUAAUAAACGUCUUAGUAAUAUGGCGCGUACCUUAUACAGAAAUAGAUUGGAUAGCUUACAUGCAGGAAUGCGAGGGAUUUCUAAAUGGAACCUUAAACUAUGCGCAACUCAAAGGUGACACUGGACCCCUAGUAUAUCCUGCAGCUUUUGUCUAUAUAUAUGCGGCAUUCUACUAUAUAACAUCGCAUGGACAAAAUAUACGCUUGGCUCAAUACAUAUUCGUCUGUAUAUACCUUUUACAAAUGUGGUUUGUGCUUCGCUUGUACACCAAAAGCCGUAAAGUCCCGCCCUACGUGCUGGUGUUAAGUGCCUUUACCUCGUACCGUAUACACUCCAUAUACGUUCUACGGCUCUUCAAUGAUCCAGUUGCAAUAUUAUUUUUAUAUGCUGCCCUAAAUUUGUUCCUGGAUCGUCGAUGGACUCUUGGGAGUAUAUUCUUUAGUUUGGCGGUGGGCAUAAAGAUGAAUAUCUUACUGUUUGCUCCUGCUUUACUGCUCUUCUACUUGGUCAAUCUGGGUUACUUUCAAACUAUUUUACAUUUAGCAAUUUGCGGCUGUUUGCAGUUACUUCUGGGAGCACCUUUUCUAAUUACAUAUCCUCUGGAAUAUAUAAAAGGAAGUUUCAAUUUUGGACGGGUUUUUGAACACAAAUGGACCGUUAACUACAGAUUCCUGCCACGCGAAUUAUUUGAAAAUAACAUUUUUCACAUUUCUCUGCUAUUGGCACAUCUUCUGCUUCUUCUAUUAUUUGCAAAGCCAGCAUAUACAUUUUUUAAAAAUUAUGUCCGACUGCGAGCUCUACAAGAUCAAUUACAACCCCAAAUACAGCGUAAAAAUCUGGAAAUAAAACUACAAAACAGCAAAAAACACAAUAAAACUAAAGAAGUAAAGUUGGAGGAAGCGGAAGAGAGACUUACACCCGAUCAACAAGCCUUUUUAAAGUCAUUUGAAAAAGGCUUGCAAAGAAGUACUGGACUAAAAGGUCCCAAGCAGCAUCAAGAUGUGCUUCCGGCGGAUGAACAAAAUGUAUCUAUACACUUCGAAAAGUGUACGCAACUCGCCAUCUUGCCAUUCUUCUUAUGUAAUUUUAUUGGCUUAAUUUGCGCUCGUUCUUUACACUACCAAUUCUACGUAUGGUACUUUCAUUCAUUGCCAUACCUCACAUGGUCAACCGAUUACAGUUUGGGCAUACGAUUUCUAUUGCUUGGUUUAAUUGAACUCUGCUGGAAUACAUAUCCAAGCACGAAUAUCACCAGUGGAUUGUUGCAUUUGUGCCAUUUUGUAUUGUUAUUUGGGGUGGGCAGAACUCUCUUUAGAACAACAGCGCAAAGUGCCGCACUGAGAUCACCGCAAGUCCAAGGGAAAAACCAUAUUAAAAAUAAGCAAAUUUAAAUAUGUUUGUAAAGUGUUACUCAUUGCAAUAAAAAAUAGCCGAAUAAUAUUUGCGCGAAAACUUCGUGGCGGCAACAUUGUUGAUACUUUUAUGUAAAAGCACAAAAAAAA